CUAGGUUACCCUGCUAGCCGUUCCCGUUGGUCGCCGUGUUGCUGUUGGUUUUAACUUCAACGCCGUCGUACGGUUCCUUUUUUGCUAUCCUGUUUGUUGUCGGGCCCCGUCGGACGGUUACGAUCGCCGAAGUGCACAAAAGACCACCGUUUUGUGAUUUCCAUUGGCCAUCGCUAUCAAACAAAGUUACCCUAUCGCCUCCGCAGCAAGAGUUCCCCGGAGAGUCGCGGUACGGAAGGAAGCAUCAUCGUAACCGUAGCGCGGGGUCACACUCGAGUCGUGUGCAAACUGCUGGCGGCGGCCGUGCCUUUCACACUUACCCACGGAAAACACCCCCGGAAUCACGGUGGACACGAAAAAGGUCAGCGGUAAGAUGGUGCUAGCGGACCGAACGUCGGAGAACGUGCGCAACGGUCGACGAUCGCGCGGCCCAAGCCCAAACGGUCACUCCGGAACAGCGCAGAGCGCGGCGGCAACGGCUGCGGCUGCUGCGGCUUCGGCGGCAACAGCCACCGGAGGCAUGGCCACCGAUACUAGCUCGGACGAGGAAAACUCUCGCAAGAAUGGCAACACUUCGAAGGCAACAAAGGCUAAGAGCGAGUAUGAAGAAAAAAUUCGUGUUGGACGUGACUACCAGGCCGUUUGUCCGGAGUUGAUACCUCAGCCGGAUCGUAAACCCGAAGCCCUGAACGACCGCGCGCUGCUCGUAUGGUCACCGACAAAAGACAUUCCCGAUAACAAACUGGAGGAAUACAUAACGCUGGCUAAGGAACGGUAUGGCUACAACGGUGAGCAGGCUUUGGGCAUGCUGUUCUGGCAUAAACACAACCUAGAGCGGGCCCUCAUGGAUCUGGCCAACUUUACGCCCUUUCCGGACGAAUGGACCGCCGAGGAUCGGGUACUUUUCGAGCAAGCGUUCCAGUUCCAUGGCAAAAGCUUUCACCGUAUCCGACAGAUGCUACCUGAUAAAACAAUCGCUAGCCUAGUAAAGUUCUACUACUCCUGGAAGAAGACACGCAGCAGAACGAGCGUUAUGGAUCGACAGGAGAAGCUGAAGAAGAACGACAGCUCGGAGAAUGGUAGCGAUCACGGUAGCAACGAAGAGUCAGACAACGACGACAAGCCAUCGUCGACCAGCGCAUCUGCGGGGCAGAACCAAGCGCCCAACAGCACGACGACGGCGGCAGCGGCGGGAGCCUCCAACCAGGCCGUAUCGAACGGUGGUUCGAGCAGUAACGAUACGAGCGAAAGUGCGGCGACAUCACUAGCGUCCGCCGGCGCCACAAACGAAAACCAUUCCGGCACAACCGAUGGGUUGCUCUCAUGCACCGGCUGCGGGGUUUCAUGCAGCGAGGUGCACCCGACACCACAAGGGAAGCUCUGUGGCAGUUGCCACCAUCACUGGAGGCGCACUGGUGUGCUGCGGCCAACUUCCGGACCGUCCUGUAUGAAGAAGCGCGCACGUGGCUCAAACAUACUGGGCAAAAGUGGCGAUAGCCACAAACGCCGCCCUCCCAAGGGCAUGUACAUUAACCAUGACGACAUCGUGAAACUGGCCAAUUCGGAACAGAAGAUCGACGACGCUAGUGGUGGUGUUCGCAAGGGCAUUCCAAAUGAUGAUCUGCUGGCGGGUAUGGAUCGGGAAAUCGUUAAACUUCUGAGUCAAAUACAGUACAACAAGCAAACGGUCAGUGGACUGAAGCACGAUAUCGAUGAAUCGUUGGAUGCGCUUAAGCCACCCGAAGUGAGCACCGCACGCUUGAACUCUCGUUGGAACAACGAGGAGCUAAUGUUAGCGGUGCAAGGUGUACGCAAAUAUGGUCGCGAUUUUCAGGCAAUAGCUGACACGCUUGGUUCGAAGACCGAAGCUCAAGUACGCACAUUCUAUAUGAACUAUCGGCGUCGUUUUAGUCUGGAUGCGAUGUUGAAAGAAUUUGAAGCUAAGAAUAGUAGCGCGAAGGAAAAGUCGAGUGGAGCCGGCGGCGGCGCCACAGUGGCCAGCGGAGGAGCAACUGGCAAUAAGAGCUCGGCCUCCGCCAAGGAGGAAGCAAAUGCAAACAUAGCAACUGCGGCGGCGGAAGGCCAGGUGGAAUCCACUAAAGAUGAUAACGGUGGUGCAGACGGUGAUGGUGAUGUGGAAAUGAUUGAUCAACAAACUGCUAUUGCGAUCGGCACUGGUAGCUCUGGCGGUGGCAAGGAAAAACUUAAGACUCCGUCGACAACAUCGGAAGUGGAGAUCAUGGAAGUGAAAUAAGCGCGCCA